CGAUUUUCCUCACAAAGAGACGCCGAGAGCGAAGGAUGGCAUAAUGGAGUAUUUUUCUUUUCAAAACGAAAUAUCGAAAUAGUGCUGGCUAAAACUUUCUUGCAUCUUAUGAUUUACAUGAGACAGUCAAACGUGGAUGUUUGCCUUGUUCCUCUUCGGUAAAAGUAUGCCUUUAUCGAGAAAGAAUAGAUGUUUUAGUACCUAUUUUGUGCUCCUGCUGUUGGAUUGUUUCUGGGAAGCGGCACAUGGGCAAUUGUCCUACUCUGUCUUAGAGGAGGUAAACCUGGGGACAAAUGUCGGAAAUAUCGCAAAGGAUCUAAACCUCAGUGUGCAGGAUUUGGAGUCUCGUUCAUUUCAGAUUGUUCAGGGGUCAAAGAGGAAAUACUUCGACGUAAAUCUAAAGACCGGAUUUCUCUAUGUCACCGAGAGGAUCGACCGUGAAGUGCUCUGUGCGGAUGAACCCAAAUGUACUGUAAGCAUAGAAGCUGUGAUAAACAACCCACUAAAGCUUUAUCGCGUGGAAAUAGAAAUACGAGAUGUGAAUGAUCAUUCUCCGUCUUUUAACGCUAAAUCUCAAAAACUGGACAUUGCAGAGAACACCCUGCCUGGAUUUAGAUUCGCGUUGUCGGAAGCCAGUGAUGCCGAUGUGAGUAAGAAUGGUGUUAGUGCGUAUAAGCUCAGUCCAAACGAAUAUUUCACUCUUGAAACACACAAAAGAGACGACAGCAUAUCUCCAGAGUUGGUGCUGCAGAAAGCUUUAGAUCGAGAGAAAAAGUCAGCUAUACAUUUGAUGUUAACGGCGGUAGACGGGGGAACACCAGCAAAUUCAGGUACCUCAGAGAUUGAAAUAAUGGUUCUAGAUACAAAUGAUAACGCACCAAUAUUCAGUAAGACUCUCUACAAAGUUAAAACGUUUGAAAAUGUGCCAGUUGGAACGGCGAUAUUCACACUAAAUGCGACCGACGCUGAUGAAGGAACAAACAGUGAAAUAAUAUAUUCUCUUCGUAGUAAGGAUCAGGAUCAUAUUCUAGAUAUAUUUAAAAUUGACCCUGAAACUGGCAUAAUUUCAGUGAAAGGUAAAAUCGACUAUGAGGAAAGAAAAGCAUUUGAGAUUCGAGUUGAGGCUCGGGACAAAGCCCAGCCUCCUUUGUCUGCUCAUAGUAAAGUACUAGUGGAGGUGAUAGAUGUGAACGACAAUGCUCCUGAGAUCACUGUGACUUCACUGAUCAAUACAGUAAAUGAAGAUGCAAGUGUCGGCACAGCUAUUGCACUUGUGUCCGUUUUAGACAAAGACAGCGGUAAAAAUGGUGAAGUUAAAUGUCAACUUUCGAAUAAAGUUCCGUUUAAACUAGAGACAAACUAUAAAAACUAUUUUACGUUAGUGGUUGACGGGCCAUUAGACAGAGAGAGGACCCCCCAUUAUAAUCUUACUAUAUCAGCCACUGAUGAAGGGAGUCCUACUCUUUCCAACAGCAGUAUCCUUACAGUAUACAUAUCUGAUGUUAAUGAUAAUGCUCCAUACUUUCCAGAAAAGUCAUUAAAUAUAUAUGUGAAAGAAAACAGCAAAGUAGGAAACGUCCUUAAAACCGUGACUGCAACUGAUGCAGACAUCAGCCACAACGGGCAAGUAAGGUAUUCAUGUUUAGAUAUUAGUAAAACUCUACCUCUACCUACCAUGAUAAACGUAAACACUGAAACUGGAGAUAUAGUCAGUUUACAGUCUUUUAACUAUGAGGAGUUAAAAACGUUUCAGUUUAAGGUUCAGGCCACAGACUCUGGUGUUCCUCCGCUCAGUAGUAACGUCACUGUUAACGUUUUUAUCCUGGAUGAAAAUGACAACAGUCCCACAAUCCUGGCACCUUAUUCUGAACACGGUUCCGUUAACAGUGAGAACAUUCCCUAUUCUGCUGAAGCGGGAUACUUUGUGGCAAAGAUCAGGGCCGUAGACGCAGACUCUGGAUACAAUGCACUGCUUUCUUAUCACCUCUCUGAACCCAAAGGAAACAGCCUGUUCCGGAUCGGAACCAGCACUGGAGAAAUCAGGACUAAGAGGAGGAUGAGUGACAAUGAUCUAAAAACUCACCCCUUGGUGGUGUUGGUUUCUGAUAACGGAGAACCCUCCCUGUCAGCUACUGUGUCUAUUGAUGUAGUGGUGGUUGAAAACACAGCUGACAUCCAGACUCAGUUCAGACAUGUACCCAUAAAGGAGGAGAGCUUCUCUGAUUUAAACCUGUAUCUGCUCAUCGCCAUUGUGUCAGUGUCCGUGAUCUUUCUGCUGAGUCUCAUCACUUUAAUAGCGGUCAAAUGUCACAAGACAGACGGCAGUUUCAGCAGGUACAGCGCCCCCAUGAUCACCACCCACCCUGACGGGAGCUGGUCUUACUCGAAAUCUACUCAGCAGUAUGACGUGUGUUUCAGCUCAGACACACUGAAGAGUGACGUAGUGGUUUUCCCCGCCCCGUUUCCACCUGUAGAUGCUGAACUGAUCAGUAUCAAUGGAGGAGACACUUUUACAAGAACUCAGACUUUACCCACUAAAGAAAAGGUAAGACAUGUCUGA